AUGAUGAAGUUUGAUUAUAUUGAUGGUGAAUCUAGGAAAUGUUCUGAACCAGAAUAUUCACCGUUAUGUAUUUGUCGUUCAACAUAUCGACAUUCGAUAAAUAUUGAUUUAUUUCUUGCUACAUUAUCACUUUCUCCAUGUAAUAAUUCUCGUUCGAAUCAGCAAUGUCGUCAGAGUCAAUUUCAUCCACCUUUAUUUCAUAUAACUCAACUUAUACCAAAACUUGCUAAUCUUUCACAUUGUUUUCAACAACUACAUUGUCUUCAACCAUUAAAGUCUGUACAACGUUGUAAACAAUGUUAUUUAACAUCAUCAGUAGUAACACAUAAUAAUUCAUAUUAUACCAAUAGAACGUUUGAUAAUCUUCCAACUGAUGCAUGUUUUUAUCUUUGUCAAUAUGAUACAUCAUGUGGUUUUCUUUGUCUUAACCAACAUGUGACAAUAUCAAUCAAUUGUAAUAUUUGUCAAGGACAUAGAAAAAACAUAACUUGUCGUUGUAUUAAACCUAAACAAUCAGCAGUAUGUCUUCAGUCAUCUUUGGAAACUACAACAGAACCUUGGAUGCAAAAACGUGGUUUUCCAGCAGCUGCUUAUCUUCUUUUACUAAUUUUAUUUGUCAUCAUAUUAGUUAUUACAAUUAAACUAAUCUAUUAUCAAUUAGAUCGAUGUCAACUUAGAUUUAUUAAUCAUUCAAUAUUUUCUAAUCAAGGUCAACGACUAUCACGUAGUUCUUCUAAUGUAUUACAAAUUCCUCCUACAUAA